AUGCAGGGCAGGAGAAGCACCACAAGAGCCGUUCUGGAGAGCAUUGGGGAGACUGAGACGGCAGAGCCCCCAAAGGCCCACAGUCUCGUAAGUAAACGCGACAUGAGGCGUUCUGUCCUGCUGGUGCUCCUGGGUGCGCUGUGGGCUCAAUGCUCAUCUGCCGGCGACGGUCCUUUCCCAUCUCCGCCUUUUUUUGAACGGGAUCUCGCCCUCUUCUUCAACGGAGAUCUCACCUUUCAGCCAGACUGGGACUGCCGCGGCGUACCAUCGCCCCAUCCGAAGCUCCACUGGAACACAUUGCGCCAGCAGCUGCUGCAGCUGUACCCGCCCUUCAAUGACGCAGACACCAACACAAGCCCCGAGCAGCGCAAGGGUCUUUUCGCCGAGGUUCGAGGAGCCACAGAGAUCGGGCAGCUGUUCCUUGUGCUGGACCUCAAUGCAACCAGGGCGCCUCACCGCAGCCAAGGGGCCCUGCAGACACGGCACUGCCCACUUGGUGCGUUUGCCUCGUGGCUGUUCCAGAGUGUGCACCCUCCUGACGGCAUCAUGGGCGACGGUGUGGAGGCGUUCCAGCGGUACAUGCACUCAUCAGCCCACACCAUCCACCAGACCAUCAAGCAGCUGUCGAUCGACGAGAUAACGGGGACCACAUGGCCAAUCCUCAGGUACACACAGAUGUGACAUGGAUGCCUGUGGCUGCUGUCUGCAUUCCGUCCAUCUGGUGCGGUGUGUUGGUAUGUCAGGCUGCUCAUUGCACUUGACAAGGGGUGGGCCAAGACCUCUGUCAACGAUUGCUUCCACCACCCGCACCCAUCGGUCGACUGGCGGCAGUUCCAGGCUGACGCGCAAAGCCUGGCCAAGAAGGUAAUCGCGAGCGGCUCACUGGCCACGUAUGCAGAGGACCACGCCGCCGUCAGCCAGAGCGGCACCAUCCUAUUCCUCACCACGUCACGCGCACCAUGGAACCUAUCUGUCGCCGAUUCCAUGGCGCUGCUGACCGGCAACAGCACGCCAUCGACAAACUCGACGGCCCAUGGCAACACGACAGUGGCGACGACCAUCGGGAGGUUGACUCUCGCUUGUCCAUUAGGGUCGGCCACCGCCCUGCUGCUGCAGGCGCUGGGUACGGCGGCCCUGCGUGACAUGCACCGGCUGCUGCAGGUCAAGAUGGCCAUCGUCAGACAACACCUUACGGACAUUCACGCCACGGCCGUCUUCAGCAGCGGUGAAGGGAUACGGAUGCAUCUGAGAAAAGUCGUCAUUCCGUUUCUUUAUCUCUCUGCGUCAGGUUGGCCGAUAUUUGAGCUGCUGUUGAUCAUUGGGGAGCAGCGGUCGCACCGGAACUGUCGGCCGAUACCGUUGCAGGACCUCAUGCCCUUCCACAGGUCAAAUCGAUGUCGUUCUGCACGACAAGGGAGGGAGUGUCCCUGCUGUGUUUGUUGGCGUGUUCAGGUUCCCCGUCCCUGCUGAUAUCCUCUCUACUCUCCGUGGGCUGCACCCUCUGCAGAUGAGGCAGCAGCUGCUCCCCUGGCUCGCACACAGAAGCGCUCGUAAGAAGGGAGACACCGACAUCACACACAAAACCAUGCCCUUUCUUCUUUCUCUUUGCCCUUCAUUGCAGCGUUGAGGAAUCUCACGGAUGCCCUCAGCGCCGCAGCCCUGCUCGCCCUCCCCGUCCCAGCACACGCAGCAGGAGCAGCCGACGGCCGCCUCGUGUACAUCACACUGGCGGCCAGCGAUGCCGUCAUCCCCUUCUUUCCACUCUGGUGGGGCCGACAGAUACACAUCCUCGGCCUACUCAACACUGUCGUCAUCACACGCUCUCAAGCCGCCUACCAUGCCUGCAUCGAGGGCAGGAAGGCCGCCCUCGCCCCCCCACGGCUGGCGGGCGUUUUCAUCGCGACAGAGAGGGGCAGAACGACCAUUGAGGAGCUGGGCACAUGUGUCCUGCUGCCGUAUGGCGAUGGGAAUGGCGAGGUUUGCGCAAGAGAGGAGGAAGUGAGGAAGGGCAACUUGUGGGGGGCAUUUCCCGACACGGCUGCGGCGCUGGUCAAGUACUCAGUGCUGUUAGUGGGAGCUCAAUUUGGCCUGCGGAUGGUGUGGUUUGAUAUGGACGUCAUGUGGGUGCGCGACCCGACACGGCUGAUAGUGCAGCGGGCGAAGGACGGAGCGGCGGGAGAGAAUGACUUGUUGGUGCUUGAAGAGCUCUUCACUGGUGGCUGGGGAGGGGAAGGGGUAAAGAGACAUCAGCCGUUCGGAUGUGUCUGUAUGUGGCUAUGUGUGUUCGGUAGAUGACGCACGCGAUGAGAUCAUUUAUGUGGGCAACACGGGCGCCUCUGACGUGUUCCUCGGCGUGCUCCUCUCCCUCAUCAUGGGCUUCCCAUUCGCGGCCCCCAACAAGAUGCUCAAUGCCCUCAUCAGACCGCAGGUAGGACGACACAACCUAUGAGUGCAUAUCAAUGUGUAUGCUUCUCUCGCCUGUCUUGCAGACUGUGGCCUUUUCUGGGGUCCCUCGUCAGCUCGCCUUGGAUCUGCGGCAGAGGAUACGUGUGGGCAUGCUCGACCCACAAGAGAGCUUCGCCAGCAGGCAAGGAUGGUUCGGCGACCUCGACAACGUCUAUGCCUUUGCGACCUUCCAGCGAGAAGAGGACUGGUACAGCACACACACACACACACACACACACACACAUGGUGCACUGCACACAGGCACAUGACUCGAUGGAUGCUGUGUUUUCCCUCCUUGACUUGGCAGGCCUGCUAUCGAGCACUCCAUCAUGGAUCUGUUCAGCCCUUCCGUGCGGUGCAAGACAGCCGUCCACCUGCUUAGGAACCUCGCCGCAGCAUCAUCCACCACCACCGCACAGCAGCACCACGAGCAGCUGGCGAGAAACGACACCGGCACGGCCCUCAACGACACGGUGGGCGACGGCUGCUUUCGCGCCACCGUGUUGGAGACGCACAAAGUCCUUCUCUUCAUCUUAGACACGUUCUUCCGCAACCGCACGCCCAAACAGCCUCUGUUCUCCACGGCAGCCGACAAGAGAAAGCAGGCCCUCCUUGGCGAGACGCGAAAGUUGCUGGAGAGGGAGGAGGCAUUUCGGCACGGCAGAGAGAAUGCCACCGACCUCCUGCCGACUGCAGAUGACCCCAUGAAUGCCACAUACGUGUCGCUGCCCUACGGGAAUCUCACUGUGCUGUCGGUCAGCUAUGCCGAUGGGUGCUGUGAGAUGGAGCAGGAGCAGAACCACAGGACGGCCUUGGAGUGGGGCUGCACGGACGCGUGGAUGCUCAACGGGACCUUUCUUGACGUGGACUUCCCAGAGAAGAAUCGGCUGCUGCUGGAGUUCCCGAGAGAGGGUGACUUGAUUCGGUACAAGUCGCCCAGCGCCAAGCGGGGGUACUAUGUGUGGAAGCCUUAUGUCGUCCUCAAGGCGCUGCUGGUGAGUCUGCCACAGCUACAUACACAUCACCUGUAUCCAACACACAAGACCGCCCUCUCUCUCUCGCUGUCUCUCUCUCUCUCGCUGUCUCCCUUUCUCUCUGUGUGGGCGUUGCGUGUGCAGUCUCCCGAUUUGCCGUGGUAUCGUGGCGUGUUGGUGUACAGCGAUGCGGGCGGGUACUUCGUGGGACCAAUACAAAGUCUGGUCGACACCUACCUGAACGGGAGCGAUGUCGUCGCCUUUCAGGACUUCAUGCUCGUGAGGCACUGGCACACACACACACGCAGAUGGGAUGCCCUUCUCACUGUCUCUCAUUAUGUAUUCAUGUGUACACGUGUGGUGCAGGAGGGCGAUUGGACGAAGCGCGACGCCUUCCUGGCGCUUGACGCCGACCACAUCGCCAUCGCCCUCAGCCAGCAGUACGCCACGGGCAUCAUCCUGAUGCGCAAGACACCUCUGGCGGUCUCCCUCGCCCACUCAUGGCUCAAGGCAUGCCAGGACAGGAGAGUCAUGACGGAAGAACCAAGCGUCAUGGGUAUGUAUCUGACAAAGAGAACAGACCGUCAAUGAAACAGACACCUUGUGUGUGUGUGUGUGUGUCGCUCGUGUGCACGUGCAGGCCAACCGGACUACCCAGGAUUCAAGAAUCACAACGACGACCAGUCAGCCUUCAGCCUGCUGUUCAAGCUGUACGGCUUCAGGGGCUUCUCGGUCAUCACGCGCGACAAGCACAUCCACUUCGCGCGCAACAAGAAGAAAUUCGAGCUGCGUGCCGAGGCCACCGCACAGGGCCGGCGGCUGGGUGUGGACGACUACCUCACACAGACCACUGCGGCGCUGCAGGAGGCAAUCAAAAGAUGACUGACUUUAUCGGGAGCAUGUUUGUCCAUGCUGUACAUGUACGUGUGGAUGCAACGGUUUGCACUGAAAUUCGAAUCAUUACUUUGUCAGCGAGAAACAGAGCAC